AUGCAACGCGGGACGCUGUCCCCCAGUCCCAGUGACGGUCCUGGGGCGCUCGGAACUACGUAUCCCGUCGUGCACCGCGGGCAGGGCAUGGCGGGACUACGAGUCCCAGCGUUCAACGCAGGCCUGCGUCCCAUUACCCCUCGCAACGUCGCGAGACUCCGGGUCCCGGCACGCCGUGCGCGCCGCGGCCCCAGAGACCUGAGGCUGUCGGCCUCCUGGUGGCCCCGCCUCGUGUCCCGCCCGGACCUCACGCCGCGGGAGCUUGGGUGCUGCGGUCUUCUCUUCCUCCGACCUCACCUUCGAUGCGGAAGCUCAGGGGCAGGGGAAGGCGCCCAGUCCCCAGGAGCACAAUCUGUCCUGGCCAUGCUUGUCCACCGAACUGCAACUCACACUCUGAGGGUCCUGGAGCCCAAGAAAGACCCCCAGAGGGUGCUCCCAGCCACGCACAGGUCCUGGGCCCCAGCGAGGCAGCCAUCACCACUUCACAGCAUCCGACAGACAACGCCGGCAAAACCCAGCCUGGUAAAGAGGGAGAGAAGGAACCAGGCUUUGGCAAGGGAGGUGCCGUGGUUUCCCCAGAGGGUGCAGUGGAAGACUUCCGAAGGGCCAGGUUCCUCCUCAGGGCGGAGGGGGCGGCGCUGA